GUAGUUCCAUCCGGUGCGUGCAGGCCGGUUCGGUUCAGUUGGUUAUUUCACUCACGAUCCACAACAUCGCAACAGACGGCGUCGCACCGCGAACACGUCGUACACGCCGCAGUCGUCCGCAGACCUCGUCCGAGUACAUAACACAAUACCGUGUCGCUUUUUUAUUUUUUUUUACGUACGGUUCCGCGACGGUUUUGCGGUUUUCGUCGUCGUCGCGUGUUUCGGCUGUUUUUCAACGGCAGUGCGCCGAACUCAUAACUCAUCCGUCCAAAGCGAAACGAUCUCGUCGCGAAAUUCACGGGCGACAUACGUAAUAUAAUUUGUAUAAAUUUACAUAUAUAUAUAUAUAUAUAUAUAUAUAUAUCGUACAAAACACUGCGGUGACAGUUUGCCGUUUCCGCCGUCAUGACAGAAGCUCAUCCUCGGAUCGUCAUCGCUCCGUGACCGCGAACUUUGGCCGCACUUUCGCACUUGCACUGGCCGCCGUCGCGACUCGGGGUGAUCGUGCGAGAUAUAAUCGCGCGUAGGAAAUCCGUCGCAGAGGAAACUGCGGACAGUGUAUACAAUACGACCAUUGUGCCGGGAGUGAAAUAAUAAUUAUACAAUACGGCGGUGAUAAUGGAAAAUCCUGCUUACAACCCGGAGGAGGGUCAGCGGAUGGCCAACGAGUGUUUGGCCGCGAGGUUAUUGUCCGGUAAGGACAACACGGGCGGUGGAGGCGGCGGCGGUGGCGGCGGUGGAGGCGGCAGCGGCGGUGGUAGCGUCGGCGGCGGCGGCGUCGGCGGUACCGGCACCGCGGUGUCCACGAUCUACGACCCACGCGCCUAUGGCAGCACCACCACCGCGGUAGUGACGACGCCCACGCCGGCCGCAUUCCAGCCGACCCGGCAACAACCCGGCAAGAGGUGUACCUGCUGGCAACCGCCCUCGGACAUACCGCAUUUGCAUAAGUGCAAUUCGCCGCCCAGGACCAUGUGCCACACCAACAUGUUUGUCCUGUACACGUUUCUGUUCUUCACCGCGAUCAUAUGCCUGACCACCAGCGUGCUGCUAUACAUCACUAGAAUACAAGUUCCACACAAAGAAAAAUUUACAUUAGUGGUAGAAGGCGAAUUUAAAAUUACAAAUAUCCCAUUCACGAUAAGCUUUGUGAAUAGAAAUUCUACUGAAUUUCAAGAAUUGAGUAACAAUAUCACGACUCAGCUGGACGAUACAUUCAAGUACAGUGAACUGUCCCCGUGGUACGAUGGCUGCGAGGUGACCGACCUCAGUCCCGGCACGUCGAAAGGCGUACAAGUGCAAUGCGAGAUCAAGUUCUUUCAAGACCCGGAAUCUGCGAUCGGCAUUGGACAGAUCGGUAUUGCGUUCCUCAAAACGCUUCGCAUACAGCACGGACAUACUUGGUUAGGCAACUACAGCGUGGACGUGCAGUCGAUCGGAUUCCAAAUGAGCGGCGAGUUGGGCGAAUGGACCGAUUGGUCCGAAUGGAGCGGUUGCGAGGACCCCGGUGACUACGUAGCUACCAGGACGAGAAAAUGUUUGACUCGAGACACGCGGGAACCAACAAGCGUGGACCGGUGUUUACUCAUACCAGGCAACAAGAGCGACCUGGACUUGAUGCCAUGUCGAAUAUAUCUGUCACAAAACUCCGACCUCGAUGAAUACUUCACAGUCCCACCGCCGAUUUCCACGUCCACCAGUAAAGAAGUUAUCGAACAGGCGCCGGUCAGCAAAGCCACUGAAAACGUUGAAGAUAAUUGGAUUUGUGAUGAAUGCAAGGAAGAUGAAGUGUGUUUAGCUGAUCGCGACGAAGGGAUUCUACAAUGUUUACCCAGUUUAGAUAUCAAAGAUAAAACUGGAUGUGGAGGCCGUUGUGGCAUAAACACUCAAUACUGUCAAAAUAUUCAUAGAAACGCGUACACUUGUGUGGAUACAUCGCCGUGUUCUAAGAAUGAGUUUGAGUGUGGAAACCGUAUGUGCGUGUCGGAUAAAGCAAAAUGUAAUGGUAUCUACGAUUGUUUCGACCAGUCAGACGAAAAAGAUUGUGCAUGCGAUCUUGAGACACAUUUCCGAUGUGGUAUACAGUGUUUGCCCAAGGCAAAAAUGUGCGACGGUGUAUCGGACUGUUGGAACGGCCACGAUGAACUGAACUGCACUCAUUGCGAAGACGGCAAAUUUGCUUGUAAUUCAAACGACGAAUGUGUAAGCCACGAUCGUUAUUGCGACGCUUACGCCGACUGUUCGGAUAAGUCCGACGAACCGUUAGGCUGUGAAGGUCCUUGCAGAAGUGAUGAAAAAGCUUGCAGAAAUGGUCGGUGUGUAAAAAUCUACAAACCUUGUGAUGAAAUAGAAGACUGCGGAAAUGAUUAUAAUAAUAAAACUAAUAAUUGUUAAUAUGUAAAAAAAAUAA